CGGGGCUUGACACUGGCGCGUAUCGAGGGACCGGAGACCGAGGAGGUGACGGUUAGAGAGGAGGGAGAGUGUGAGAUCAUCCCGUCUACUGACGUACGAUACCCGCCAGGCUCCACCAACACACUGAACAACCAGUGGCUCCUCAUAGGACACCAUGAGUUACCCCCGGUAGCCCACACCACCAUGUUGAGAGACUUCCCGGUAAACCUGCAGCGUUCCGGUGAUGCCGUUAUCCCGACCCGGUCUCAGAACAACCGCUAUACAGACCAUCCUUUCCAGUCAGUAGGUCAUGGUGGUGGAGGGGGUCGUGGUUCGGGUCCUAGCGGCAGCAGAAGGACCCAAGCAGGAUCGAGAUCAGGGUUGUCCUCUAUCCUGCCCGACUAUAUAUACCAGGACCCUGUUACCGUGGUGAUCCUGUCUCUACUGCUGGGAGGAUGGCUUGCCUUCGCUCUGACUUAUCCACAGCAGAAGGACCAGAGGCAGCAGUUGGACGAAGCUCUGGAAUCCCGCCUCCAACACCUGCUAGACACGCCCUCUUCUGCAGACACACCUCCUUCUCCACCAGACACACCCCUUUCCUCAGGAACCCCCCUUCCUUCUGGAGCCCAGCCCCAGUCUGCAGACUCACAGCCGUCCUCUGUGGACCCUCGUCUCUCUGGCUCGCCCGGUAACAGUAGUGACGCUGUAGCCAGGAACGGAUCCCUGGUAACACGACACACACAUGAUGGAGGGAGAGAGGAGGUGGAGGUAGGGAAGAUCUCCUUCUGUCCAUCAGAGAUUCUGGGACAUGGAACAGAAGGAACCUUCGUCUUCCGGUCAGUCUUCCAUCCGUUGAUGUUUCACUGAUCAAUGAAAAGCAGUUUCUUGCUUUAUA